AUGGCGGACACGCGGGCUGCCCACGGGGCUGCUGGCCGCGCCGCGGGGCACCACGGGAAGUGUAGUUCCCACGCCGCAGCGCCGCGCGAUAAGUCCCCCCCCGCCGAGCCGCCCCCGCCGCUGGAGCCGUACCCGCUGCCCACGUUCCAUGAGGAAGGAUUCACGGAGAAGUUCCUGCGCAAGACCCGCGAGAACCCCCUGGUGCCCCUCGGCUGCCUGUGCACCGUCGGUAUCCUGGCCUACGGAAUAAUCUGCUUCAAGAAAGGCAACACUCGGCGCUCCCAGCUGAUGAUGCGGGCGCGUGUCAUAGCCCAGGGCUUCACCUUUGCCGCCCUGCUGGGGGGCAUGGUGGCCACGGCUGUCAAAUCGCGACAGUGACAUCGGACAAAAGCGAAGCUGCGGCCACGGGCAAGCGUCUACCAGCAGCCCUGGCUGCGGAUGGAGUUUUCUGAGAGACUGUUGUGAUGUCUGGGUGAAGCCAGUUCUCGAGCACUGGAAAUGGGGUGAAUACACUCUUGUGAUUAACAUGUAA